UUCAAGUGUCGCUGUGGAGACCGGCGAGAGGAUGCUGCAGGGACUCGCGCGCGCCAGAGAUCACUAAGAAGUUUGGCCAGAAUGCGACCGUGAGCAGCGGGUUCAUUCGGAAAUCGAGAAGAAGGACUCUUUCAACGCCAAUAUUUGCACUGUUUUUGGAGAGAUUCGUCCGCAGCCAUCAUGAGAGCACUGUUGGUCCUGGCACUACUGGCGAACAGCGUUCUGUCUGCGCCAGUGACUCCGCUGGAUAACGACGACGCCAAGGUGAUGAAAUGCAUUGUGGAGGUGCUGGCUGACGUGUUAUCCAAGCCUCACCCGCAGCCUGUCAGCCACGAGUGCAUGCUGACUCUAAAGACAGAUGAGAGACUCAUUCCGAUCCUUCGCCACAUGAACUUCCUGCAGGAGCUGCAGGAGAUCGCGCUCACAGGGUCUGAUUUGAUUCUAGGCCACGAAGAGCGAGAUCAGCUGACACCCGAUCAUGUGACGCGAGCUCCUGAGAAGGCUGAUAUGGCCGAUCGAUCCAUGCUGGAAGCUUUAGGAGGCCCUGGUGAAAGAUCCAUCCUCUCCCAGAAGACUGAGGAUGAAGAGGCGAGGGAUGAGAGGAGAGGGCAGGAUCGCGAGGAGCCACAGCAGGACGUCUUUGGAGAGGUGACGAGGGAACACCAGGAGAAGCCAAAAAGCCCUGGCUCUUCAGAGGAGUGGGAUCUGGAGAAGAAGAGUGAAGAGGAGGAGUCUGGAGAGAGGAGAGCAAACAUGAAGGCCAAUUCAGACGAAACCUCAGAGGAGGACGAUUCUGAGGAACCAAAACACAGCAAGUCACAGAAGGAGAAGAAACGUCAUGGCAAUGAGAAGAAGAGGCGAGCUGAACUUGUCUCACACAGUCACGAAGAUGCGGAUGAAGAGGAGGGAAUGAAGAGAGGGAGCAAGGAGGGCUUGUUCUCCUCCAACACCAAAAGCUAUCCCCUGAAGAAGACCAAGGAGAAAGAGGUCCAAGGGGGGUCCCACCACUCCAAGGAAGUCAGUGAGGAAGAAGAAGAGGAGGAGGAGAAGAAGAAGAAACGUAGUGCAAAGAAGAGCCCUGAGGAGAAGGAACUGCAGAUGAUAGCUCAGAGGACACCUGAGGAGAAGAAGGUGUUGGAGGAGGAGGGGAGCGCCGUUCGGAAGUCAGAGGAUCAGGAGAUUGAAAGUCUAGCAGCCAUCGAGUCGGAGCUGGAAAAUGUUGCACAGAAACUCCACGAUCUGCGGCAAGGCUGAGAGCAAGAUGGGAGCACAGUUGACACCACAAAACCUACUCUUCCUCCCACGCACCGCCAACUGACCGAUUUUUCUGCUGCAGACGGUGAAAUGUAACAAGAUUUUAUCAUUUGAAUGUACCACUCUGCUGCAAGUAAGCAAUCAUGUGACGGAGAAUACACCAUUAAAAACACAUUUUCUUACUGUGAACAAUGACCACUACAUUACCAAACUGUUCUGACAAUCGCCCGUCUCGCCAGGUUUAGUUUUCCUUGCUUUAUUUAAAUCGAACUCCAAGAGUCUUUGUCAUUCUUGCAUGUAUAAAUCUAUUUUUAGUGAUGCUUGAUUGCUGAACUUCUCCUUCUUGACUAUGUGGACUCUGAAAAAGCCAAGGCAAUAAAUGAAUGUUUAUCAGAACCACACAGCUGGACUGAAAAUUGUACUAAAAUGACUAUUCAAAAAGAAUCAAUCGCUACUAAGCAUUUGCAUACUAGAAUUACUUGAAUAAACUGGGCUCACUAGCACCUUUACAA